GGGAGGAAGAGGGACGGCUGGACUCCAUUAAGCCCGAAGCCUGCCAGAGGACUGUUGGAUACUCUCCUCCAGAGCUCUUCGGGGUUUCUUUCUGCCUUUUCACUCUCCAGAGAAAGACUCUCCAUGCUGUAGAGAGCUCUGCUCCGUGUAGUCUCUCUCUCUCUCUCUCUCUGGGUUCUUCUCUUUGUGAAGGAUGGCGCUGGACGGGAUCCGGAUGCCCGAUGGCUGCUACGCCGACGGGACGUGGGAACUGAAGAUGCAUGUCACUGACCUCCACAGGGACGUGUCGCUGAGGGUAACUGGGGAAAUCCACAUCGGCGGAGUCAUGCUCAAACUCGUGGAGAAACUAGAUGUGAAGAAGGAUUGGUCCGACCAUGCUCUGUGGUGGGAGAAGAAGAAGACGUGGCUGUUGAAAACCCACUGGACGUUGGACAAGUACGGCAUCCAAGCCGACGCCAGGCUGCUCUUCACGCCGCAGCACAAGCUGCUGCGCCUCCAGCUGCCCAACAUGAAGCACAUGAAGGUCAAGGUCAACUUCUCGGACCGCGUCUUCAAGGCCGUGUCCGACAUCUGCAAAACUUUCAAUAUCCGCCACCCAGAGGAGCUAUCUCUACUGCGUAAGCCCCGUGAUCCCAAGAAGAAGAAGAAAAAGUUGGAGGAGGCAGAGGAGGACGAUCUGGAGCUGGAGGGUCCGCUGUUAACCCCGGAUCAGGGACUAACUGAUGACUCUGUGUUUUCAGGGAGCAUCUACUCCAGUCCAGGCUUGUACAGUAAGACCAUGACCCCCACCUAUGACUCCAGAGACGGCAGCCCCCUGUCGCCCACCACUGCCUGGUUUGGGGACAGCCCCCUCUCUGAGGGCAAUCCCAGCAUCCUCGCUGUCAGCCAGCCAAUCUCCUCUCCAGACAUCUUGGUCAAACUCUACAAGCCCCAGUCCCUGUUGGACAAAGCCAAAAUCAACCAGGGGUGGUUGGACUCCUCCAGGUCUCUGAUGGAGCAGGAUGUAAAGGAGAAUGAGGUGCUGCUACUGAGGUUUAAAUACCACAGUUUCUUUGACCUCAACCCUAAGUAUGAUGCCAUCCGAGUGAACCAGCUCUAUGAACAGUCCAAGUGGGCCAUCCUGCUGGAGGAAAUUGAGUGCACGGAGGAGGAAAUGAUGAUGUUUGCUGCCCUGCAGUACCACAUCAACAAGCUGUCAAUCAUGUCUUCAGACAACCACAUGAAUAACAGUGAGAAAGAGGUGGAUGAGGUGGAUGCAGCCCUGUCAGACCUGGAAAUCACUUUGGAGGGAGGGAAGACGUCCAACACACUGGGUGACAUCACAUCUAUUCCUGAGCUAGCGGACUAUGUCAAAGUCUUUAAACCCAAGAAACUGACAUUGAAGGGCUAUAAGCAGUAUUGGUGCACAUUCAAGGAUAUAACAAUUUCCUGUUACAAGAGUAAAGAGGAGGCCCAUGGGACACCUGCUCUACAAAUGAAUCUAAGAGGUUGUGAGGUAACUCCAGAUGUUAACAUCUCGGGUCAGAAAUUCAACAUCAAGUUGCUAAUCCCAGUGGCUGAUGGCAUGAACGAGAUCUGGCUUCGGUGUGACAUGGAGAAACAGUACGCCCACUGGAUGGCUGCGUGUCGCCUGGCCUCCAAAGGGAAGACCAUGGCCGACAGCUCUUACAACCUGGAGGUCCAGAACAUUCUGUCCUUCCUCAAGAUGCAACACAUGAACCCUGACCCUCAGUUCAUCGAGCCAAUCACCACCGAUAUCAACCCAGAGUGCCUGGUGUCCCCGCGCUAUCUGAAGAAGUACAAAAACAAGCAGCCAGGCUCUAUCAGGGACUUGAUUUCAGCCCGGAUCCUUGAAGCCCACCAGAAUGUGGCCCAGAUGAGUCUCAUCGAGGCCAAGAUGCGCUUCAUCCAGGCGUGGCAGUCCCUGCCGGAGUUUGGAAUGACCCACUUCCUUGCCAAGUUUCAGGGUGGAAAGCGGGAAGAACUGAUCGGCAUCACUUAUAACCGUUUGAUCCGGAUGGAUGCGAGCACCGGAGAUGCCAUCAAGACCUGGCGCUUCAGCAACAUGAAACAGUGGAAUGUCAACUGGGAGAUCAAGAUGGUGACGGUGGAAUUCGCAGACGAGCCCAGUCUGUCCUUCAUCUGCGCCGAGGUGGACUGUAAGGUGGUCCACGAGUUCAUCGGCGGAUACAUCUUCCUGUCCACACGUGCCAAGGACCAGAACGAGUCUCUAGACGAGGAGAUGUUCUAUAAGCUGACCAGCGGCUGGGUCUGAGUGGCCCCAAACCACCAGGGGCCAAAGAUUGUAGGUCAGGAGCCAGGAGGCGAGAGGCUGGGGGAGAGAAACCACCGCGUCUGGGGUUUAUUCUGUUCUACUAUUUCUCAGCCUGGUUAACUGUUUGGAGCUGUGCCGAAAAGUCCAGAGCAGCGCUAUAGUAACAAUGGCUGACACCAUUUGAAUUGUUAUAGUUGUUGUUGUUGUUUUUUUUUGUUUUUUUUGCAUUAACGCUGACAAGGUCUUUGUUACAAAACUAAUAUUCUGGUGAAUGCAGUUAAGAUGAACUUUUUGAACUAAACUCCUGCGGUCGAGCAGAAGCCUUACACAAACCUAAACCAGAGAAAGUCCCUCUGUUCUCCUUCGUCCACCAGCCUCCUCUCCUCCUCUCCACCAACUAACGUCCAUGACAACCCUUUAAGAACCAAUCAAACACCAGAUUAAAUCCCAAAGAAUCUUUUUUUUUUUUUACCCCUCUUUGCUCUUUCUCUCACUACUUUUUUUUCUUUCUUCUAGAACGGGACUUCUGGUCUUUAAACAUCACAGUGCCACAGAUUUACAAUUAUAAUGAAUUAUUUAUCCUAAAAUACGGACUCCAUCAAAGAGUCCGAUCAAAUGCCAUCUGUGAACAGCAGAGGCCACUGAUGGCAGCACUACAUGUCCAUCCUGUCCACGCUAUGAAGGGUUAAUCUCUUUAAAGUCACGUGUAAGCACUUCUACAGUACACAGUCCUGUUAAUGAAUAAGCUGUCGUUACAUUUCCUUUUGCUUUUCCAGAGUGAUUGUCUCCUCUGUGUCGAGGUUUCUCUUGUGAAUUCUCAUUGUUUUAGCUGACAGGUGUGACAUUGAGAGUCGUGAGUUUUUUGUUUUGUAUUUAAUAGGCUGCAUUUAGUGAGCGUGUCCAGAAGAACACUACAGUUCAGGGCACUGGGAUGAGCGUCCUGUGGGUUUGAAAAUCUUUUCCAACUGAUUUAAAAAAAACAAGCAAAAAGGCAUCUUAAUAAGUCAUAAGCUCUAGUGUUCAGUUUAUCUAAUGUUUCUUGACAACACGUUUUUAAUAAAAACUAUUGUGGUUGGUAUGUUGAGCUAAACUAGAUGACUAAUGUCCAUGUGUAUUUAAUAUAUAUCUCCCAUCCUUGUUUUUAAAAAUAUUUGAAGACUACUACUGAAGCUAUAUGACUUUUUAAGAUGUCCAUUAUUUCCUAUCUUUGAGGAAAAUGCAUUCACUUUUUGCAAAAAAACAAAACCGCUAUAAGUAAAUCAAAUCUCAACAGCAUGUUAGAAAUGUCCUCCAAAGAUUUGAACGCCUGACUUCUCAUUGCUCAGUGCAUGUACACUACGCAACAGGAAGAAUCAUUACUCCGUUAUAUCUUUUAACUUUAUUGCCAUUCUGUCUCUCACACCAUAUAGUAUUAUUAUUAUUAUUAUUAUUAUUAUUAUUAUUAAUCUUUAUCAUUACACACCAGCAAAAGGUCACCAAGUUUGAAGAAUGAAUAUGCAACAGGUUUUUUUGUCCUUCUGUCCUCAGUAUGAAGGAUCAGUCAAUGAAGUAUUAUUUUUUUGUAACUAAUGUAAAAACACAAACAUUUUAUAGAAUUGUACAGUUUUUUUUCUGCUUGUUUGGGGGGGGUCGGACGUUUUUCCUUUCAGAAAAGAGGGGAGAAGCCAUCCGUCAACAUGUGUAAUAUUCAGAAUGGUGCCUGCUUAUGUUGUGUCUUUACUGAGUUUUCAGAUGAAUUUAAAUAUGAAUAUAUAUGAAGGUAACACUAGUCUCAAACUCCAGGUUUGAUAAAAAUAUUUGUCGAGUACAUAUUAUAAUUGUUUUUUAAAGAUACAAAUACAUAUGCCUUUUCAAUGUGCUCUUUGUUCUUGCAUUACCGCUUUAUUUUAUUGAUUUUCUGAUUUCUCUUCUGUCCAUUCAUGGCCUUGAGUUGUGUUUUUAGCUCAUUCUUUAGACCGACCGUUAUACUUCAUUUUUGCUGCAAAUUUGAUUCGCAUAGCGCCUUUUUAAUAUACUUCACUUAUUCGUCACAACUGAAGUGUGCCAUUUAAUAAUGCCCAUAUGAAGGAGACCCACAUUGUCUAGACCCUGGAGUUUGAGACGAAUCAGCAUAAGUGAACAGAAAACUAAGCCUAGUCUGUUUUUAAUUUCUCUGAUGUUGUUUUUGUUUGCCUCCAGUGUCGGGAGCAGCGGUGCAUGUCCUGCUGCUCUGUUUUCUGACUGUAAAAAAAUGCAUUUAUUUUAAAAAAUAAAGUAAUUUUUAUU